AUGUCUUCAUCGAAGCGUAAUCGCACGCUUCCUUACCGCAAUCGGCAGCAUGUCCUUCGUUCGAUCCCCCAGCACCAAGGCCCAUCUGCUCCUCGGCCGCAGGCAGAGAGGCGUCAUCCACUGCCUGGACCGACCGCCGAAGCCCCCAGGGCUGCGCGGCCCCGAUUCGCGAAACCGUUCCCCUUCUUCAAGCUACCUGGUGAAAUCAGGAACCGGAUCUAUGAUCUGAUCGUACCCGAAGCUCGAGUCAUGAUCUCGGCAAAUCAUCCCCAGAAGGAACUUGAGUUGAUGAGGCAAAGAGAACCCUCCAAGAAACACAAACCACCACCUCACCGUCUACUUGGCCGGUUCACCGGAAACCCAACCGAGGCUGCCCUUCUUUGGAGCUGUCGUCAGAUGAACCAGGAGGCCGUCAAGUUCAUCUAUUCCCGAACCACGUUCUGCUUCGACCGGAUCGUUGUAUUGCGCAAUUUCCUCAAGACUAUUCCUCAACCAGCUCGUGAGAACAUCCGGGCCUUGGAGAUCACCCACGUCGGGUACGCGGAACCCCAAUGGAUGGCGGACCGCCGGUGGAAAUUGAGACACGAUGCGAAAUGGGCAAUGGCUUUACGACAGAUCCAGGAUCAGGUGACUGCACUGCGACACCUGACCCUUGAUGUCACAUUCUUUGACUGGCCGUGCCGACUUGAUGUCUCUGAGAAAUGGGCUCGUCCUUUUCUUGAACUCGCCGGGGAUGGCCUACAUCGCGUGGACUUCACCUUGAAUCACGAGCGGUUCCAUCCGGUCAAGGUGGCCGCGACGGCCAAAGAGUUGCAGAAUAGGAUGAUGAGUGCAGACGGGAGAAAGGCGAGACGACGAGAUGAGAGGCUCAAGGCGGAGAUGGAGAGGAAGCGGUUGGAGGAAUCCAAACGUAAAGCGACCAAGGUCUUGAGGAUCAACUUUUCGCCGGGCGGAAAUUCUUCCAAGGUGAAUAUGGCCAACAAGAAAGUGGUGAAGAGCAAAGGACUGGAGCAAUAUGCGGUGGCACAACCUCCCGUGGCAUACUGUUGA